CUGUGUGCAACCGAGAUGACAUGAGCAACCAGCAGUUUACACAGAGUAACAGCUGACAAUGUGAUCAUACAGAAUAAAAACAACAUGUAAAGACUCAAAGUUUCCAGCUUUUGCUUUAGUUGAGGAGCGAUUUGACAUUCGUGUUUCUGGAAAGGCGUGCCCUUUAUUGUCGGACGCGAAAACAUCGCAAUCAUGCAGCAAUCAUUUUGAUCAUCGCGGCCACCCCCGAGAGCCGUGAGUACCCACGUUCACCGCCCUCGCCACGAACUUCAGCGCUGUGCGCAAAGGCGCAAACGGGACAUCUGGAGAACUUUUACGCACAGGUGAGGCGCAGCGACGGCGCGCUGCAUGCAACACGAAUGAUAGACGUGCAAAUAAACUCUCGCCCGACUGAAAAAUACUUUUCUUGAAUUAUUCAAUGUAAUUGUACCAUUUACUUCUUGCAUCCGUUCAUGUGAUACGGCCAAAGCGACCUGAUUGUAGGACUUCAUAACAAAGAUCUGUAGACUAAUCACUCGCCAUGGAAGAGAAUCUAAAUAACUUGAGCGUGCUGAACUGGGAGCAGGUGAAGCGUCUGGAUGUCAUCCUUACCGAAUCCAUCCCCAUUCACGGCAAAUGGAACUUCCCCACUUUGGAGAUGAAGCCACGGGAUAUCGUCAAAGUCGUGCGAUGUCGCAUGGAAGAGCGCAAGAUUCACGUCCGGGAGGUCCGGCUGAACGGUUCCGCGGCCAGUCACGUUCUCCACGAGGACAGCGGUCUGGGCUACAAGGACUUGGACCUCAUAUUUUGCGCGGAUCUGAAAGGAGAAGUGGAGUUCCAGACCGUCAAGGAUAUCGUUCUCGACUCCCUCCUGGAUUUCCUGCCUGAAGCUGUGAAUAAAGAGAAAAUCACACCAGUUACAUUAAAGGAGGCUUACGUGCAGAAGAUGGUGAAAGUUUGUAAUGAUUCAGACCGCUGGAGUCUAAUCUCCCUCUCAAACAACAGCGGGAAGAACGUUGAACUGAAGUUUGUGGAUUCCCUGCGGCGUCAGUUUGAGUUCAGCGUUGACUCUUUUCAGAUCCGUCUGGACUCCCUCCUCCUCUUCUACGAGUGCUCUGAAAACCCCAUGGCUGAGACAUUCCACCCCUCCAUCGUGGGAGAGAGCGUUUAUGGAGACUUCAACAUAGCCUUGGACCACCUGCAACGGAAACUGAUCUGCACGCGAAAUCCAGAAGAGAUUCGGGGUGGCGGCUUGCUGAAGUACUGCCACCUGUUGGUGCGAGGUUUCCGCGCGGCUUCGGAAGCCGAGAUGAAGCUUCUCGAACGCUACAUGUGUUCCCGGUUUUUCAUCGACUUCUCAGAUGUGGCGGAACAAAGGCGCAAGUUAGAGUCAUAUCUGCAGAAUCACUUUGUGGGAUUAGAGGACAAGUAUGAGUACCUGACCACCCUGUACAGUGUCGUCAAUGAAAGUACAGUAUGCUUGAUGGGACACGAAAGGCGACAGACUCUGAGCCUCAUCACCAUGUUGGCGGUACGUGUUCUGGCGGAGCAGAAUGUAAUUCCCAAUGUGGCUAACGUCACUUGCUAUUACCAGCCUGCACCGUACAUUGCGGAUGGCAACUUUAGCAAUUACUACAUUGCUCAGGUGCAGCCAGUCUACGCCUGCCAGCCCGCCCACACAUUCUCACCAUGGUUGCCCUGCAACUGACCAACUGUUAACUCACAUUUUGUCCAACAUGUCUAAUUAGAGCACUCGCCUAAUGAGACCAGUUGACAAGUCUGUAUUUGUGUGCUCUGCAAUGUGAGAAAAACCCAAGACUUUCCCAAUUGGCUGCUGCCAGCUCGCUGCAAGGAGAAGCUACAAGCAUGCCAGAUGAAAGAAAGGGAGGGAGAGUGAAGUAACUUGGAUUCAUUCCCAUCGGGCAGCACUUUCAAUGGCUAUGUGCCAGGCCUACAGAAACACAACACUGGCUGAGAGGAAACACCAUGUAAAACAAAGGGACUAUCUUUGUGUUUGUGUACAUAUGUUUGUGAUAGACAUACUUGAAGAAUCAAAGAUGUCCUGCAUAUUGUGUUGAAAGGGCAGACAGAUUAGCAAGAGAACACUUUUCUCAAGCCAAGGAUAUUCUCAUAGAUACCAGAUACCCAAAACAGAUUAUCAGUUAAGUGCCUUAAACUGAAAUGAAAAAAAUAAAAAAAAAUUAAAGUCACUCUGCGAAUGACCCCAAAGUAUGUUAGUCAAGACAUCUUUUUGGAGUCACAUAUGAGUGAAGGUAGUGUACAAUAGCAAAUGGAUGACGAGUUUUAAAGGCCACUUGAUCGUGAACUUCCAACUGAUAGUUGUAAGACCUAUUUCUUAUAAUGUAUUCAUUUGGGGGUCUAUAUGAAAGUGUUGCAUAAGAAGCUUUUUUCAUCCGAGGCACUGGCAAGAUUCAUAUACCUGUAAGACUGUACAUAUGAGUUUUUCCACAGCUUCUUGUCUCAUCUAAACUGACCUCAAUGUACUGUUGGCUCAGUGCUGGCUUAGCUCAGAUUAAAAUGUCCAGGGCAAUGCCAUUACAUCUAAGGCAGAGAAGUAAAACAGGUCGAGGCCGAACAGGAAGAGAAUUAAUGAAAGUUGUUUAAAUCCAAAUUAUUGUUAUAUCCAGGUUACCUGGCGUCUUUCUGAAGGCCUAAUUAUCGCACGGCCACCAAAUCCAGAGAUUAUACCUUUGACACAUCUGACCUGCAUAACCUGGGAUUAAGACCAGCAGAGACAUAGCAGUGAGAGGCAGAAGCUCAUUUAAUGGAAGCAGAACAUAUACCAAAGAUAUUCUUGAUAUUCCUCAAGAUUGUGAAGCAACAAUACUUGACGUAAAAACAUCUACAUGCUGUUGGAACUCAAUGCAACACAAUCCCCCAGUUGAAUUAUUCCAAAGUCUGAAUCUUGAGUGCUCUGACAUAUGUUGAGGCCCUGUCCCCAAUGCUACUAAUUCCACACUUUGGUGACGCAAUACUGCAUAGACUGUCCAGUGGAAGUCCAAAGGUGUGGACUGGGCAAAAGAGGGGCAUUUGGGGCACUUGGGAGCACCUUUCAGAAACAAAAAUGGGACACCUUACGGUCACAUGCCUGAAAUGGGCAUAUGUUAAGGCCCUGUCUCAAAUGAUCCCCUAAGCCCUUGCGGUCCUCAGCAGAUUCUACACUCUGGUGAUGCAAUGCUGCAUAGACUGUCCGGUAGUAGUCUAAAGGUGCAUACUGAGCAAAAGGGGGGGCGUUAAGGGCACUCAGGAGCAACCUUCAGAAAUAAAAAAUGGUCACUCUACGGUCACAUGCAUGCGAUGGUUGCCACAAAUCUACAGGACAGUGAGUUGGGAUAGGGCCUGAGAAUGUUACAUGUACUUAUGGAUAAAUUCGCCCUAACUGAUCAUACAGAGAUGGACACAUUCCUCCCAUACGCUCAAACACAUAUAAUCAUAUCUCUUAUUUUUCUACCGAUUCUUCUAUUUUUGUACAUUUUGAUGUUUAUGCUAAGGUCUUGGUUAAGACCUUACUCUAAUGCUGUGAAAAGUACUAUGUUUUAUGAGUCGAAAGACCCGACCAAGCAUUAGUGCAGCAAAUUCUCAACAAACAUUGGUGUAAAUUUUCAUUUCGAGUCAUUGCAUUUGGGUGCCCACACAAGCGUGAAUGUCUCAGUCUGUGUGUUUUAUCUUCUAAAUUAAACUUUUAUGUGAAUUCAGAUGUGAUAUUCUGAGCUCACUACUGUCAAUACUGCAGUGCAUAAUGUAUUUGCAAACAUGAAUGACUCAUUAAAUGGUGAUUUUAAAAGUUA